AUCAUCAUCAUCAUCAUCAUCAUCAUCAUCAUCAUCAUCAGUUUUCAUAUCGUUGCUAUCGUCAUUUUACCUACACAUGUACAUAUGUAACUUUAGUAACUUUACACGCUACCUUAUCGAAUCUCGUGUUGGUUAAAGCUCGUCUCCAUGGUGAUGUAAUCUCCGAACCUGGAGAGUUCUGAAAUGAAAGACGCCAGUGACUGUCAAAUGAUAGAACCCGGUGCGUUGACAAUACAGCAUGGCCUCACGACAGAUGUACAAUUGUACUGAUGGCUUUCUGCUUGGAAUCUUUUAUGCAUAGAACACAAUAAGUUAAAAAGCGAUAGGUUUCCGAUUUCAAAAUGUACAUAUUUAUUCCGGAUUUAUGGUUAAAUGCUUAUACACGACUUAAUACAUGUUCGGCGUCUGAUAUGUCUGUGUAGUCUAACCACUCGUCCAGGACGGGUUUUAACAAUAAAACAAUGGAGUCGUUGUUCUGUCAUCGGGUGGUAGACCGAGUGUUGUUACUGUGACAUUCAUAACUACUCCACAACGUUUCUUACUUAUCCCCAGCAGUAGGAUGCGAGACUGAUUGGUACUAGUGUCCGUAAUGAUUUAACGAGACUUAAGAGAUACAGCAUGCAGGUGUAAAUCAGAAUAUUACGACUUUAGUUAAUCGGAACCCGGACUAAUUACUGAAGUCUCCGGUUGAUUGGCUGUGAGAUCAACUCACCGUGUCAUACGUGUUAAGCGAUCUGAUCGUGAGACAUGUUCGGGCCGGAACGUACGUUGGAACCUAAUUUAUGACAUAACACAAUUUAUGGGAUUUUAAAAUAUUUAUUAGAUACAUAAGAGGUAAUAUUUGUAUACGUGACACUCGGGAUAUUGUGAGAAGACAGUGUCACUGUGGGCCCAGGAUAAGUACAUUACAGAUCUGUGUUCUCGUGGGAGCUGGUGCCCACUGCGGUACGGUUUCCAUAUAGCUCCAAGCCAGUGUGGACGGUGCUGUCAUUUCCUUACUAAACGCGAUAUAUCUGUAAAUGUGGGCUGCCAGGCAAAACGUCGUCCACCCUGCUUCUUCACCCUCUGGCCAGAAAGGUAGCACCUCCCCGACAUCAGGCAAUGGAACCUCCCCCGUGACGUCAGCGAAGGGAGUACGGUCAGUCGCCCUUAAAACUAUACCGAAGGCAUCUACAGCAAAGUUACUGGUAAACCCUAAUCAGGAAACAGAAUGGACACCUCCGCUCACUAUCAGAAGGGCCAAGCUAACGGAGCGGCCUAUGAAACGACCGGGAGGAUGUAGCGGAUGGAUAUAUCGGCGGAAGUUGGAUUGGAAGAAAUUCAAAAUCGGCUACAGAGAAUUCAAGUAUCAGUUGGAAUUAUGGGGAACUUCCUUGAAAAAAAUCGAAGGACAACAAGGUGCGGGUGUACUCUCCUACUUUGUGUUCCUGCGCACAUUGUUCAAGCUGAAUAUCGCCAUUUUUUUCCUGAUGUUCAUUUUCGUGACGUUACCUGCCAGCGUGAAUUUCUCGUCGAACGGCUACACCAGUGCCGUGACGGGUACGGGUAUUGGCGGGGUGGAUGUGGCCACCGCUCAGACGUGUAGCGCCAAUUAUGAAGUGAACGUCUCUUCUGAUGCAGCUACUGUGAUCGUGGAUUUCCUCCAGGGAACGGGUUGGAUGGAAGCCACGGCAUUGUUCCUCGGUUGGUACGAUGCUAACGAAUAUAGCCUGGGCACUGCAGGAAGUCACAACUUUAAUUAUAUAAUGCCACUAGCUGUGUUUUUGGUCGUCGUGGUCAUCUUCAUCAUCUCGCUAGCAGUGAUGGCUCAGGCGAGUGUUAAGAGUUUUAAAGAAACCAUUGCAAGAUCAGGGGAUGUCAUGCGGUAUACGUAUAACAUAAAAGUCUUCUGUAGCUGGGACUAUGCCGUCACAGAGGAGCUGUGGAGUAAUAUUAAACAGAAGAGUGUGUACAAAGACAUUGUGGCUGAAUUGUCGGAAUCAAAGUUUAGAAAAAACAGAGAAAAUAUGACGUCAAACCAGAAAUGUGCGCUCUACACCAAACGGUUCUUAAUAAACUGGCUCAUCCUAGCUAUGCUAGGUGGAUCCGCAUACCUCAUCUACUACGUCCAGAAGUUUUCCACAGAGACGACCUCAGACGACACGUUCGUGCUUCUGCUGAUACAGUACCUUCCGUCCAUUACACUGGGUGCUCUCAAUGGACUACUGCCCAUCAUCUUCGAGUUACUUAUCAAGUUUGAAGAUUACACAACUCAGUUUGCGAUGAAGUUACAUCUAAUAAGAAUCGUGUUCCUGAAGCUCGCUUCAUUGGCUGUGCUGAUAAUAUCCAUCUACAGUCUCAUUACCUGUGGUACCAGGACGACACCGUGUAAUGUGGGCAUCCCUGACACCUGUAGCGCCAUUACGUGUUGGGAGACUUACGUUGGACAGACGUUCUACAAACUUGUGGUUACGGAUUUCCUUAUACAUGUAGUCGUCAUACUUGGCGUGGAAGGACCGAGAAUGUUACUAACAACAAAGUGUGACAGUAAGCUCUUAAAGAAAAUUGGUCCUGCUGUAUUCGACAUUCCUAAAAGUGUACUGGCGCUGGUAUAUUCACAGAUGCUGAAUUGGAUAGGCCUUCUGUAUUGUCCAAUGAUAACAUCAAUGACAGUCAUAAGUUUUUUCGUUGUCUUCUAUUUGAAAUACUUAUCCGCUAUGAAAACCACUGGUCCUCCAGAGAAGCCGUACCGGGCCUCGCGGAACAACAGUUUCUUCAUUGCUAUUCUCUUAUUGGCUUUUUUCCUGUCGGUUUUCCCAGUUGGUUAUACCAUGGUCAGUGUGCGCCCGUCCACUGGUUGUGGGCCGUUCAGGAUCUACAGCACAUCGAUGUCAAAUAUCAUCGACGCCUCCAUUUCUAACCUUCCAACAGGGCUGAACAAUUUUGUGGGACUGGUCACAUCCACCUCGGCAGUGGUCACAGUGCUGGUAUUUCUGAUCAUAAUAAUAUACUUCUGUUCAGCAAGAGGAAGUGCUUAUAAUGGUGUCGUCAAAAUGCUGGAAGAACAACUCACAAUGGAGAGUCGAGACAAGCAGUUCCUGAUGGCAAGAGUCUAUGAACUGACAGGAGAGAAGCCGGCGGCUCGGAAAAAGGAUACGGUCUCCAAUGUGAAUGAAAAGAAGACCAAAUCAAAGAAGACAGAAGCCGAGGUAGAACCCGCUCCUGGACCAAGUCCGCAUAGUCUUUAUACCGAUGGUCCCGUGGUUUCCGAUGAUCCCGUCCCCGUAAUGCCGGAGGAAAAAGAUCCAUUCAAUGCACCACCUGUUUACCGGAGUCCCUCCCCUAAUGAUUCUAGACCGGUGACACCAAAGAUCGUGGUCAACAACACGGAUUGGGACGAUACGCCCAGGAUCAACACGGGCACUACACCUGCAACACAGCCAACUAAACCUCUGGAGUUUUAAUGUCUCACGUGCACAUGGAUAGAUAGCAUAGAUACCUGAUAUACCUACACGCAUAACUUGGAUAUCAGCUUACGUUAAUCCACCCAAUCACUCUCAAUAGCCCGAUUAUUAGACCACUUGAUUAUGGACACACAUUUGAAAAGAAAAAUAAGAAAGUAUGUUUCCAACUAUUAUCUGAAGGACUUUUCAAUGAUACAUUAUUAUUUUGUGAAUACUCGUUUACUGCUGUCAUUUAACUAUGUAUCAAUGUGUCUCUUCACAGGCGUCUGCUUCUGGUUAGUAUUUAUAUCAACAAAAAAAUAUUAGCCCCUAAAGUAAAAUAUUAACCAGAAACAGUCGCCUGUAGUCGUUUUGGCUUGUAAUGCGAUAGUUCAUAUCUAGUACAGUAUGUAAUAUGAAUUGUUUCUGGCAAAAAUGCAUCAUAACUUUGAAAACAGUUAUCUUUUUCAGAUAUACCAUAUCACAAUUAUUGAAUUGUAAAGCGUGAUAAGACAUUAAUGACGACUCGAAAUGUUUAUAGUGGAAUACAUUACACUGUAAUAAUAAUUUG